UUCUGACCAUGUCUUACGCUGCUGUCGCCGCCGAGAACGCUCCCCCCGUCUCUGAACAGCCGCACGCCGAUCCCGCCCUCUUGAACACAGAGCCCCCGCACGCGGACAACGUCGCCGACGACACCUCGAAAGUCACCGUCGUAGCCCCCGAUUUCAAGGAGCACCCCGCCACCGUCACCUCCGAGACCGCACCCCCACCCGAUACCAUGGAUAACUUCCCCGAGAUGCCUUCCUCGCCGAGCCGCGGCAACAAGAAGAACAGGAGACUCCAAGAGGCCGAAGCCGAGGGCGCGUACCUCCUCGAGGUCGCCAAGCGCUACCUCCUACGCCCCGGCGUCGCUGGUGGUCUCGUUGGGCUUGUGAACAUCGGCCUCCUGGCUGGCGCGGCACGCGCGUUCUACGUCAACCCCGGCUACCGCCGCGAUACCAAGGUCCUGUCUACGACCGCAGCUGCGACCUUCGCCCUCUUGGGCUUGGAAGGCUACGGCGCCGCGUGGUACGCGAACACGCCUGGAGGUCAGGCUGAGGCGAAAAAGGCGAAGGAGGAGGGCACCCUCGUCUACAGGCACGCGCGCGAGCAGAUCCUGCGUCCCGGUGUCCUUGGCGGCCUUUUGGGUCUCGUCAACGUCGGCAUCCUCGGUGGUCUCGGCUACUUCUCGUACACCAACUGGGACAAGCCGACCUGGGACAGGAGACUCGUCUCUGCGGUGUCCGUUGGUUUGUUGGCGCUCUGGGGUGGCGAGGGAUACAUUGCUGAGCAAUACUACAAGGACCGCCACAGCAAGUGAUGCACGGUUUGAGGGCAUGGACACACCUAUGUGUACUGUAGUGUAAAUUAACCUUUCCUUAUGCCACUGCAAUAUUUUGGAGAUCAUAUCCACGUUUCUUCA